AGAAGUCGAUGUAAAAUAGUCUGACAGUAGAAACGAAACGACCCAUUAAGUACUGGUAAGAACCGGAAUAUCCAUCCCAUCACACGUUUUUCCAAUUUUUAUUUGUAACAUAUUGAAUAGAGUAGGAAAGUAUCAGAGGGGGCAAAAAGGACAUUUCGCAUCACAAAUCAAGCAAGUUUCAGGCGAAGAUAGUACUUGGAGUGCGGUAUUCUCCGACAACCUAAGACGAUGAUGAUUUAGCUGGAGCUCGUACUAUUCAUCUUCUUCAUCUUUCUGGAUAAAGGUACCGAAGCUUCUGGAAGAUUCGCGAUUCCGAUGACGUCACCUGACAUUGCCGAUAUGUUGGAAAAAUCAAAGGAGCUUGAUCGUUUAAGGAAAGAACAAGAAGAUGUUCUCCUUGAAAUCAAUAAAAUGCACAAAAAGCUCCAAGCCACUCCAGAAACGGUUGAGAAACCAGGUGAUAAUUCCCUGUCAAAACUUAAGAUGUUAUAUACUCAAGCCAAAGAGCUUUCUGAGAGCGAGAUGAGUAUCUCCAACCAGUUGUUAAGCCAGCUGGAUGCAAUAGCUCCUGCUGGAGGUGCUGGGCAACAGCGAAGACGGUUAGAAGGCAACGAGCAGAAAAAGAAGAGGAUGAAAGGUGACCCUGACAUUCCCAGGCUUACUCCUUCCAUGCGAAAUCAGCAGGAGUUCUUCGCUAACCUGAAGGGUGAACAAGUGGCUGCUAGAGUUGCACAAGAAGAUGGUGAAAAGGAUGAGUGGGUCAUUGUUAAAGUUAUUCAUUAUGAUAAAGAAUCAAAGGAAUUUGAAGUUCUAGACGAGGAGCCUGGCGAUGACGAGGAAGGUGGUUGCCAGAGAAAGUACAAGCUACCCUGGUCACAUAUUAUACCAUUUCCCAAGAUAAGUGAUCUUGCAACCACUCCAGAAUUCCCUCCCGGAAAACAAGUUUUGGCAGUUUAUCCAGGAACUACAGCCCUGUACAAAGCCACAGUAGUCAAUGCCCGCAAGAGGAAGACCGACGACUACACAUUGGAGUUUGAUGAUGACGAAGAAGAUGGGUCUCUACCUCAACGCUUGGUCCCCUUUAACCGGGUUGUCGCUCUUCCAGAUGGAUAUCACCAAUGAAAUAUAGUUAUUUACAACUCUUAACACAUCCAAAGUUGCUAAAUUUGGACAUCUGCUGUAUGUAUUUAGUAGUCUUAUAAGGGUGAGGUGUGAACCUAUUCACAUUUAGUUUGAGGCAUUGUUACUUAUUCAGAAAAAGAAAACAUUAUCUUUGUCGUACAAUGUAUUUAUCAAAAAAAUCUUUGUUGUACGAUUGUCUAGUUUCUAGUGUUUGUGGUGUACAGUAGUUGGGCAUGAAAAUAAAAUCCUAGUAUUUUGAGUUGUAAAUUUGUACUGUAUUUUUUCAAGGUCUCUGAGUUUAUCUGGAA